AGUUACGCGUCAAUUUGGCGCGAGAAAGGUUGUGAGUUAGGUUCUUUUUUAGUGCCGUAAAAAGCGCGCGAGUUCGACGUACGUAUUACAAGAAUAAAGUUAAAAUUAUUUUACUAAAAAUAUUGUUCUUUAAGUUUUACAAAUUUAUUAAGUAUAUUAAAAAAUCAGAGACAUUACUUUAAAUAUUAAUUAAAAUAGUGUUUACUUUUAAAAUAAUGAAGUGGUCGAAGUUAAUCUAGUGGUGUGCCUAUCAGUUAUCGUUACUAAGAAGAGGUAACAUUACGUACACAUUAUAAAGAUAAGGGAUGUCUGGUAGAACGCUCUGAAGUGAUAUAUGAGAAUAAGAGAUGAACGGUGCCAAAAAUAACGAAGAUAUAAGCGAUAGUACAACUCUAGAAAGCCACGAAUUGGAUCAAGGAAGCUGCACAAGAAUGAAGACAUGCAGAAACUUGGCCAGGGACACAGCACGUAAAAGGGUGCAACAAAGCAGUCACAGUUGGUGGACUAAAUUGAUUUUUGCAAGCUUUACAUUAGCUGUCGCUGAAUCCCAAGACCUGUCCACGUGCUGUAAUAAAGCUGAGGGCACCUGUCGAAGUGUAUGCGAAAAGAUGUCGUUGGGCUCAACCAUUCGCGAGGAGAGAAUACAAAAUAUUUACAAGUUCUGCACCCCUGAUUUAAUCGAGUUCUGGAUAUGCAUGAAUCAAACAAUUCAAGAAGUGGUAUCGGGAUCGGGCUGGUGGGGCAAAACAUGUUGCGCCUUGGCUCACAGCGGGCAGUGUCGGCACGCUUGUGCCACGGCUAGUGAUGCUCGGGCCCUCUCGCCAGUAUGUCGACGCUCCGAUGAGCUCGCCUUCUUUGACUGCGUGCAGCGGCAACAAGAAGCGCAGUGGUGCUGCUCGCAGACGGUGUCGCUGAGCUGCCACGAGGUGUGCGAGAGCGUGGUGUGGAGGGUGGGAUUGGGCCGCUUUGACUCCUCGCUCACAGACCACGCCGCCGAGGUCUGUGAGGGCUCUCCCGUCCUACUACGCUGCCUGUACGACCUCACUGCGUCCACUGUGCACACCGACACUUCUAAAUAUUUACCAUGUUGCCAAGAGUCUGCAAGUUCGGAAUGCCGCAAGAACUGCGAGGAGGUACUCCAUCGCACGGGGGAGUCUCAAGAGAUUGCGGACGCCUUGGCUUUGAACUGCGGGGCACCGGCGAUACACGACGAGCUAUGGCAGUGCUUUCUGAGGAAGGAUGCGCCUGUCAAUACGAAGAAUUUCGUUCCGUACGAUGCUGCUAAGCUGCAUUGCUGCGAAAAAGCUGUCACAAUUAACUGUAAGAGACUAUGCUUUGAAACGUUUAACAUUGGCUGGCCUACCAACGGACAGAAGUUCUACAGUGAUUGUCUGGUAGACCCGCAGGAGAUGAAGCUAAUUGAAUGCAUCGAAGAAGUGGACGCGCCGUGCUCGCUUGGUUGCGCUGGGCUAACGUAUUGCAGCCAGCUCAACAACCGGCCGACCACUUUAUUCCGCUCCUGUUCCGCGCAGGCAGAUCUCAACGCGCAUGUCGCAGUCGCAGAGAGGAAAGAUAAAGGAUCUGUACUCAUCUCAGGCAUGAACCUGCCUCUGAAAAAUUCUUCUCAGUGCCCUACAGACCUUUGGAAGAGCGUUGCGUGUACACUUCAUGUUAAACCUUGCAGCAAUAAGGGGCACAGCAGCUUGCUGUGCCUGGAGGACUGCAUGCGGCUGGUGUCGUCGUGCGUGGAGUGGACGCGCGUGCAGCUGACGGCGCCGGCGCUGUGCGCGCGCCUCGCGCCUCCCCGCCACGACGCGCCCUGCGUCUCCUUGCGGGACUUCGUCAACCCUAGUACAGAGCCAGCCUUGCUGUCGGCCAGAGAGGUGGUGACGUCGCCGUGCUCUGGGUCGCCGUGCAACGCGAGCCAGCUUUGCGUCGUGAACCGCAGCUGCGCGUACGGCGGCUCGUGCGCGCGCUACGCCUGCCUUGACGCCUGCCCGCUCGGUGAUGGCAGUUCAUAUAUGGUUCCCACUGGAUCUUGGGUCCGUGUACCGAUUCCGUGCUACGGAAACGACUUGUGCUACAAAGUUUGUCGUUGCGAAGGGCAUACCUUGGCCCAUUGUCAGCAAUUGCCGCCUAUUUAUCCCGAUUCUACUAAUUGUAGGCUACAUGACAAGGUCGUGAAUGACGGGGAGAAAUACUACAUGGAGUGCAACCCUUGCAAGUGCGUGUUGGGGGAGCGAGUGUGCGCUGUGCGCGCAUGCGGGCGGGCAGCGCUGCUGACCGGACUGCCGUGCAACUGCCCGCCGCACCACCUGCCCGUCACCGCGGCCGGCCGCCUGCACGCCAACGCCUGCCUCGCCAAAUGUGCUGGAGUACCGGACGUGUUCAUCGAGUUCGGUGCGCCGUCGCCGUGCGCGAGCGUGUCGUGUCCACGUCGCCACGUCUGCCUGCCCAAGACUGCUGUGUGUCUCUCGCAACUUUCUAACUCUUGCCCGCAGCAUGUUUGCGUAAACACUACCAAUUGCAAAUCUCAACCAGCAAUGCCGGUGUGUGACACAGAAGGCCGAACUCACGUCAGUCCCUGCCACCUCGUUAUGAGCCGAGCCACCGUUGCUUAUUGGGGGCAUUGCCUCAAAGGAUGUGCUACGACUGGAACUGUAUGUGGGGUAAACGGUGUAACCUAUCCAUCUGAGUGUGCUGCUUGGUCAGAAUACGUAAGCGUUGAUUACCUUGGACCUUGUUUCGCAGUUGGCCCCAUAUCUGACUUAAUGGAACCAAAAUGUGAAUUUGAUAGAAUCGUUUGCCCACCACUUAAGAGACCAAAAUGUCUUGGCUUCACUGCUCCGGGCGCUUGCUGUCCAAAAUGUGGUGGCGCUUUGAGAAUACUUUACGCAAAGAAGCAAUUUGAUAGAGCGUUGUAUGGAACAAACAUAUCUGAUAAUGUGGUACAUUUAAAUAAUAUACUUAAAACUUUAGAAAGGCAUAUCAAAAUAGCCGAGUGCGCUUUAAGAGGAUACUUGACAGUAGAAAUGGAACUUUUCAUUUCAGUUGAAACUCUUUUGGAUAACCCAACAGAUUUACAAUUAAGUGUCUGCGUUCUUGAAGCGGAGAAAUUAGCAGAUUUGAUAAAUAGAGGGAGUGCGUUAAUAAAUAGCGAUGUGGCUUUGUGUGCACUAUCUUAUGCUAUUCCCGUACACACGCAUCCAACGCAAAGUUCAUGCUGUAUCCAUGUUUCGAUUAUUUUAUUAAUGUUUUCUUUUUUCAUUGCGUUUAUUUUAAGAUAAAGCUAAUCGUAUAAGAUAAAAUUAUUUAUACAAAAUGAAGGCUAACACAGGCAUUUUGGUAUAAAAGCCUAGUAACAACAUUAAAACAUGUAUUAAUAUAUACAACAUAGAACUUUUCGUAUAUUUAUUUGUUCGUAUACCUAGUACAAUAUGCCAACAAUUAUCAAUAAAUUUAAAAUUCAAAUACUAUUGGGACUGAUACCACUAAGUUAUGUGUUUGGCCAUUUCUUUAAUAUGGCUGUAUUUAAUUAUAAUAAAAAUAGUCUGUAAAUAGGUUUUGUAAAUAAAGUAAGUAAUAAAACCAAAUAAAUGUGCCAUCUUAAGCAAUGCAAUGUGGAGAUACCGUAUACAGACAAAGGAUACGCUUUGAAAUGCUUUAUAUUUACGAUAGAACACAGUUGUACAAUUAGAGUUGUAUCUAUUUUGCUGUGAGUUCAUUGUGCCAUCGUUUAGAUGUUGUUGUGUCGUACAUAUAUAUUUUGUAGUACUUAGGGUUGCCAUUUGUCUAGUAUGUGUAUAGUAGUGUGACAUGUCGUACUCAAUUGUUUACAUAUUAUGAAUACUGAAUGGAAUUAGAGCAAGCGCAUAAGAUACUAUUUUAAAGAUACAAACAUGUUCUUUGUUAUUAUUUUACUAUAAUAUUGUUAUUCUUAUACUAAAUUAAAAAAAGAUUUUUAAAUAAUACAUAUUGAUAUUAGAAACAUAUGCAUAAUAUAUAAUACCGGUUGGAGUGUUUCAAAUGUAGGUAUAAAUAAUAUGAUGUUAGUGCUGAUGUAGUUUAAGUUUAUGAUUAUUGAUAUCUGGCAAUCCUAUAAGUAGGAGAUUUUCUAACAAAAAUGUAUUAUAGGUUGGACUGAAAUAAGCAAUGCUAUGAUAGAAGUAUAAAAGACAAUUUACGAUGUAGUCCAUAAUACCAAAUAGUGUACAAUUACAAUUCUAUAAUUUGUUAUAUUUUGUUGAUACAGAUUUUUAGAUGUAUGUAUAUUGUAGAAGGAAGUAUAUUUAUGUGCUAAAAGCUGAAUUAAAGGAGUAUUAAAAUGAAACGUAAUCUU